AUGGACAUGACAACAGAAAUAAACGACAAAGAGGUCACGAAAAGACGUUAUGAAGUGCAAGAAAAUAGAAGAAUAUAUAGAGUUAGAAGAAAAGCUAAUAGGGCUAACACUGUUUCAAAACCAGGAAAGAUACCAGUAUGCUUUAACAAACCAGAGACGAAAGUGCCUGUAGUGUACUAUUUUGUAUCUUUAUUCCUAAUAAAAUGGGUGGGAAAAGCUAUAAAGAAUAUAAUAGAAGCAAUAUUAUAUGUUGAGAGAGUUGUUGCGCUUAAAUAUGAACAAAUCAAAAUGCAGAAUGCAGAAAUUUUGAAAAAAAUAAAGAAUUGGAAAAAAAACUGGCGGAAAGUAAUUUGA